AUGUUAGUUUUGGUCAAUUACAAAUUCACUGUACCUACACCUUCAUGGACCAUCGAAACAUUGUACGUGAAGCGGCAUGUCAAUUCCGUUGGUACCUUUUCUCUGUUCCCUAUUGACGUAUUGAUCGACAACACGGUGAAAGCUUCACAGGCUCCGGCGAACUACUUACUCCAGAUGCCACAGAACGCAAAAUCAGCCAAUCGCAUUUUCGGUUGUGCAACGGGUACUUUCAUUGCAGAAUGUCUCCAGCAAAAGAAGCUGCGUUGGUUGGGACAUGUGUUGCGUAUGGCGAACCAUCGUUUGCCGAAUUGA